AUGUCUUCUCCUCGCCCCAACUUCGGUCAAGGCUAUCUUCCCAACGGCGCAACAGGUCCAGCACCUGGCGCUACUCCGCUGCUCCCUAACAAUGGACGUGUUAUUCAGAACGGACCCACCCGUAUUUUGUGCAUUGCAGAUGUCCGGGGAAAUUUGAAGUCUCUGAACGAGCUUGCCAAGCAAGCUCGCGCUGACCACAUCAUCCACACUGGAGACUUCGGCUUCUAUGACGACACUUCCCUGGAGCGGAUUGCUGACAAGACCCUCAAACACGUUGCGCAAUAUUCCCCCCUUCUCCAAGAGAACAUCAAGCGCAGUAUCGCACAGGCCACUCCUCACCAAUCAAUUAAGCAGCGCUUCACUCCUGAUCAGCUCCCCCUCUCGGAACUGCCUAUGCUUCUUGAUAAGCGCAUUACCCUCGACGUUCCCGUUUACACAGUUUGGGGGGCCUGCGAGGAUGUCCGUGUCUUGGAGAAGUUUCGUUCUGGAGAAUACAAAGUCGACAAGCUACACAUCAUCGACGAGGCCAACUCUCGGUUGCUGGACAUUGGCGGUGUAAAGCUGCGUUUGCUUGGCCUGGGUGGCGCGGUCGUCAUGCAUAAGCUGUUUGACAAUGGUGAAGGAAAGACUACAAUUGCAGGUGGCCAAGGAACCAUGUGGACCACACUGCUGCAGAUGGGCGAGCUUAUCGACACGGCUAACCGAGUUUACGACCCAUCCGAAACCCGAGUUUUCGUGACCCAUGCAUCCCCUGCCCGCGAGGGUAUGCUUAACCAGCUUUCUGUGACCCUUAAGGCAGACUUCUCGGUCUCAGCUGGCUUGCAUUUCCGUUAUGGCUCCUCAUACAAUGAGUUCUCAGUUAACCCUUCGCUUGACCAUUACCGUGGUAAGCUUGCGGCAUCGAAGGCAUCAUUCAACGAUGUCUGGGAAACUGUUCGUAGCGAGGUGGAGUCGGCUAUCUCGCUGAAUGAUGCUCAGAAGAUACUUCUGCAGAAUGCCCUCGAAGUUGUUAACAAGAUGCCGUCCAUUGCCAAUGGCGGCAACCCCUUCGGUGGCCCUGUUGCCGCUGGUAAUGCCGCUGGUCAGGUCGACGAGAGUGCAUUCAAGAAUAUGUGGAACUUCAACCUAGCCGAUGCUGCGUUCGGAUAUCUUGUUCUGGAGAUUGAGGGAGGUCGAAUUGCAACUGAGAUGCGCGCCCAGGGCUUCAACUUUGCUCACCGCAGUGGUAAGCCCGCCGCAGUUGGUCCCCAGGCCGUUGCAACUGCCUUGCCUACUACCACUGCCUCUCCCGCUCCCACUAGCGCCAGCCGCCCGACGCCUGCCACGCCUCAAUUCGGCCAGGCUCCUUCCCAGCCUCGUAAUGCCACUGCGAGUACUCCCGUGAUGCCCAAGGCAGCCACUGUUUCGGCUCAGCCUGAAGAGAAGGCGGCUCCCGAAGUCAAUGGAGCGUCCCCCAAGUCAUCUGAGGCACCCCGCUUGGAGAAGAAACCGACCAGCGGAUUGUUUGUCUCCGGAGUGGAUACUGAACAUGGUGUACGCGAUCUGAUCCCUGAAGAAGAUCUGGGAAAGGUUAAUCGGAUCGAAAAAUGCGGUAAAUUCAACUUUGUGGUGCACUUCUCCACCGUGGAAGAAUGCAAGGCUGCAUUGGAUCGCAUGGCACCCGAGUACAAGAAGCCCUCGUCCGGCCCAGGUCCCCGCAAGCCGAACUUCAAAUAUUUCGAAGAACGCCCUCGCGGCCAGGGCAAUGCUGGCACUUGGGGAACUAACCGCACUGGAUCUGGCGGACAGCGUGGCUACCAAAGCGCAAGUGAUAGCGAGGGUGGCCGCGGCCGUGGUGGAUACAGCCGAGGAGGUCGCGGACGUGGAUCGGGACGUGGAGGUCGCGGAGGUCGUGGCGGUGGUUACCGAAGCUCCAACGAGUCACCUUCGGCUUCUUCUGAGAAGCCGGCGCCAUCUGGCGAUGCUUAG